AUGGGGAUAACAGGGCUGUUGCCUAUGCUUAAAGAUCACAUAAACUACGUAGAAGUCUCUGACCUGCGAGGCAUGAAGAUGGGCGUGGACGGGUACUCCUGGCUCUACAAAGCCAUCACAGUCUAUGCAGCGGAUGUCUAUCUGCGGCCCAAUGAUCCUGAUGUUGUAAAUAAAUACGUUAAUUUUUGUGUGCGGAAGUGCAAGGCGCUGAUAGCUCACAACAUACAGCUGUACUUUGUCUUUGAUGGAGAAGAGCAUCCGAUGAAGAAGGCCACAAACCAAAAAAGAAGGAAAAGAAAGGCAGAAGCACAGAGCAAAAUAGAAGCAUGCAUGAAAAGAGGAAACAUGCGAGAGGCAAAGGCUCUGAUGAGCAGGUGUCUCAAGGUAGACGACGCCAUGGUAAGCAAUUUGAUGAGAGCCCUUAAGGAAAUGAGCAUUCCGUACAUGAUCGCACCGUAUGAAGCCGAUCCCCAGCUGGUGUAUCUGGAGAGAGAGGGAUACAUCGACUGCAUCACAACGGAAGACAGCGACUUAAUCGUCUAUGGCGCUAAAAAGGUUCUCUUCAAGCUGAAUGAAGCCCAGGGGGGAGAGUUCUACAACAGAGAGAGAAUUCUUGCAAACUGCCCCGUCUCUGUGAGCUGUCUGCUUACCCAGCUGAAGGAGAUUGUGUCUCUCUGCGGGUGCGACUACACCGAUGGAAUCAGUAAAGUUGGCCUGAUAACAGCGCACAAGCUGAUGAUGAUGCACAAGACGGUGGAUGCAACAAUUGAAUACCUUUCCAAGAAACAGGGAAGCGUGCUAAUGAGCCACAUUGAUGUCUGCACGAAGGUCAUAUGCACUUUUAACAUGCAUGUGAUAAAGGACCCGGGAACGGGAAAGAGAAUGUAUCUUGGAGAGACAAAGAGCAAAGGAGAAAUUUCUGCUUUUGACGAUGUUUCGUUUCUGGGAAUAAUAGAGCCUGCAUGA